UCAAAAGAUUAAAUCAAAAACAUCAUCAACAACAACAACAACAUUAGUUAAUAAUCAAUCCGGUUUUCGAUCAUCGACAAUACCAACAACAUCAUCCACAACAAUACCAUCAUCCACAACAAUACCAUUGGAUGCGGCAGCAUCAUUUGAUCAUUUAGUUGCAUCAACAUUAUCAACAGCAAACGGAAUGAAAAAUAUUGAACAUUUUAUUGAUAAAACAUUAAUCGAUGGUAAACAAUGGUAUUGUUGUAAUUGGCAAAAUUGUUCAUAUCGAACAAUACGUUCGGAUUCAAUUGUUAGACAUUCAAGAAAACAUACGGGAGAACGUCCAUAUAAAUGUUGGUUUUGUUCAUAUGCAACAAUACAAUCAUCAGCAUUGAAAAUACAUAUACGUCGUCAUACCGGUGAAAAACCAUAUGUAUGUAAAUUUAGUGGAUGCGGUAAACGUUUUGCUGUGCUCAAUACAUUAGUCGUACAUGAACGUACACAUACCGGUUAUAAACCAUUUAAAUGUUCAUUUUCAUCAACAUGUAAUUAUUCAAGUAGUGAUCGUUGUAAAUUAGUUGGUCAUAUGCGUCGAUCACAUCAAUUAGAUUUGGAUUCAAAUUCAAUUAGUACAUCAUUAACAACAACGAAUCGUAAAACAAUUAAUAUAAAUAAUUUACAACAACAACAACAACAAUCAUCGUCAUCUGGUCAUACAAAUCAUAAUAAUAACAAUAAUAAUCAUCAUCAAUCUCAACUUCAUAAUAAUAAUAAUAAUAAUAGAUCAACAGGAUUAUCGGCAAUUUUUUCCAAUGUUGUUGCUGGUAAUGGUCAAAAUUCUACAAAUAUUGUUAAUAAUAAUAAUUUAUCUGGUAGUUCAUCAAAUUCAUUAGCACUUGUUUCUGGUGCAAUGUCAUCAACACAAUUAUUAAUGGCACAUCAUAAUUCAAAUACUCAUCAUCAUUCUUCACAUCUUUCUAAUCAACAUUCUUCUCAUCAUAAUCAUCAAACAAAUCAUUCUCAUCAUCAUCCUCAUCAAGGUGUUUAUAAUCCAUUUACAGCAACAACAAUACAUUCAGCACAGAAUACAACAGCAACCGGCAAUCAUCAUCAUCAUCAUCCAAAUCAUUCAUCAAUGAUGAAUCAAUUUCAAACAAAAUCAUCAUUAUCAUCUGAAUCGACAACAUCAACAACGGUUGCAUCAUCAGCUAUAGCAGCAGCAGCAGCUGCUGCUGCUGCUGCAUCACAAACAAUUUCAACAACAUUUGUACCAUUAAAUCUUCUACAAAGUGUUAUAUCGAAUGCUGGAAAUUAUGAAAAUCUUCAAAGCACAAAUAUGACGUAUGCGACGAAUAUUGGUCAUCCUAAUUAUCAGCAGCAGCAGCAACAACAACAACAACAACAAAAAUCAAAUAAUCGAUCAUCAUCAUCGUCGAAAAGAUCUCGCAAAACCAAUGAUAGCAAUAAUAAUAAUCAACAACAACAACAAUCAUACCUUGUCAAUCUGGAUACAAAUCAAACAUCAACAACAACAACCAAAUCGAUGAAAAAAAAAUCAAAUAAUGAUGUUGGCAGAGAAGAGAAUAGUAUAAAACGUUUAAAUUGGUUUGAAAAACGUUUUAUCGAUAAUCAAUCCAUUUAUAUUUGUCAAUGGCCAGAUUGUCAAUAUUCAACAAUCCGAUCUGAUUCGAUUGUUCGUCAUAUUCGUUCACAUACCGGUGAACGUCCUUAUAAAUGUCAUCUUUGUGUUUAUAGUACAAUACAAAGCAGUAGUCUGAAAAAACAUUUGGCUCGACAUGUUUAAAACAA